AAUGAAUAUUCAUGACUCUACACACCUCCAAACAACGCAACAGGCAUUUACGCCUCACUAAAGUAUAAAGUACAGUUGUUUCUCGGAAUUUUUUGUUUGUUGUCUUCUCAGCAGCCCAGUUAUGUUUGCUGCCAGCAGCCCAGGGUGCCACAGUGACCUGUACAGUUCCAUACGUUCAUAUCUCCACAAUCAGAACAGAGCACAGCCCAUCAUUGGUCUGAACUCCAUCACAGAGGUGUUGGCAUAUAAUCAGCCUGCAUUGUACUUUUGUGAUGUCUGCGUUUUGAGAAUAACCAAGGCUGAUAUCAGGAACCACAUCAUGGGCAGCAUUCACAGAUACAAUUACAUUAAAUCUCAUCAUGCACAUGGGUGGACGUCUGAUACAGACCUGACUCUUUUGGCUCGCCCUCUAAUGGAUAUCGCAAAAAAGGUUGAAAAGAAGGAGGGAACAGGUGAUAUACAGGUUCUGAGUGUGUAUGAAGUCAUCUACAAGGAGAUGGCAUCAUUGCCUGUUCCUGAUGCUUUUGCUCAGAUGAAGAAGAUCAAGGAUCAGCGAAACCCUAAUGCACCUAAUUUGCUUGUUCAUAACAGCCCGUCUGAAGGUAAAGACACCGGUGCUCAAGAGCAGCAAGAGUCUGACAAUAUGAAUGGGACUGCACAACUUCCAACUUUAGGAAGUUUGGUCCCAACACAGUGUGUAUCUACGACACCAUCGAGGUCAAAGCGUUCAAGUAUGAUUGAACCCCAACAAGUCUCAACCAAUCCAACACCAAAUCCAUCUCUCCAUAGAACCGCAGGUCCUGUCAAACCAUUAUUCACAUGCCAGGAUGUAUCUACACCUCAGAGUCUAGUGGAUUCUCGUGUUUCAUCUAGAAUACCUUUUCUAGAAAGCUCCCCAGCUCCAGUCCUCAGCCAACACAUAAAUCAGCAUCAACCAAUCCCAGGCAGAAGCCUUCAAAGAUAUAUAAUGCCAUCUGAAAACCAGUGUUUUACUGAAGCAAGGACAAUCUCUGUUGUAAGACCACCAAGACAGUGUAUCCCCAUCAGAAUUAUUUGCCAGAAUGACAUUGUGCAUGCUGGUGAAGAUGAUGGGAACAAUUCUGUCCAGUCAUUUGGAGUCAGCUAUGAAUCACAUCCAAUGCACCUGGCCCAAACCACUCCAUAUGAAAUCCAGCUGCAAACACCAUCUCUUUCAGUGAGCCACAUGGUACCAGAGUUAACCCAGGAUCUAACAAACAGGCAUGGAUUUUUCAGGAUUGAAAGGUCACCUGAUAGUCCAGAGCCUGUCAGAGAUGUGGAGAUCGUUAUCAAGCAGAUCAGAACCCAAAUGCUAACAGAAACACCGGAACAGGCUACAACGCAUGAUUUAAGUCCGUUUCAUGAUGAGUCUAAUUUACAAGAACCAAUCAACACCGGCUGGGAAGCACAUGAGGAGCCUCAAUCAGACACCUUAGCAGAAGAAAACACCUUUGUGUUCUCACAAAGUCCAAUUUCCCAGUCUCCUCUUACUCGGACUCAAUGUCCUUCUGAUCAGUUUCAAUCAAUAGAAGAUUUUCUAGAAAACUACAAUGGUCGAAAGCCUCUUAUCGGUCUACAAGCUGUUAUUAAGUGCCAGAGCGUGGAUGGGAAUCCACCUCCAUGCUGUUACCUGUGUCAGCUGUGCUCUUUGAAGCUGAAGAAGAAAAAAAUAUUCAGCCAUCUGACUGGCUGUGAUCACCAGCUAAACUACUUAAAAGCUCUCCAUCCACAGCUCUUGCCUAAAAAGCGUAAACACUGCAACACAAAUGAGAUGCUUGAGGAUAUUGCUAUCCAGCUGGAGAAAGAGGAUGGAAGAGGACAUAUAAAGGUGAUGAGGUUGUCUGCAUGUCUCAUAAGUGAGGUACUGGAAAAGGAUUAUCAUUGGUGCAUGAGGGUGUUGAACUGUGGAGCCGAUGUGGGGUGGAGAUCAGGUCUGUUGUCUUUCAAGGAAGGAACUAACAACACCACAGGUCCCAGUCAUACUCUUAAACGGCCAGCAGAGUCUGCGCUGCCCCCUUCUGAUAACAACACCACUGGUCCCAGUCAGACUCUUAAACAUCCAGCAGAGUCUAUGCUGCCCUCUUCUGAUGCACGGGCUUUUAUAGCUCCUGCUGGAGCUCCGACCCAUCAGAUGUCCAAAAAAAUGAAGAAGGGUCAUCCUAAGAAAGUAGUAUGUACAAACAAAGUUAAGGAGCCUGUGUUUAAGGUAAGCCUGUCACUGCAGGAGGGACCUGUUAUCAUUGAGAGAACAUCUCUAAGAGAGACAACCACAGUGGCGCCUGAGAUCGAAGACCAAAGCCCUGCAACCACAUGCGCAGACAAUGAUGCACUGCCUUUAGCGACUAACACGCAUUCUGAAGUUCAAAUGUGCUUUCACAGCUGUAUGUAUGAGGAACAGUUCACGAAUCCUGUUCAUUAUGCAUACUCGGGGCAGUUUGACCAGUCUCAAGUUAUUCAAUAUUUCGAGCCUUCUCUCAGACCUAGGGACCGUGGUCCAGUGGAUGAGGUGGUCACUGUCACGUAUGCUGAUUGGCCGCUGCAGGACUGGUCCUGCAAUAACAACCAGUGGAUUGUAAUGAGGCAAAACAGGGAUGGAAGUGAUCUUCCUUCUGAGUGUGCAAGUUACAUGCAGUACAUCAACACAUUUUAUAAAGCAAAACUUAACACCCAUAUAUUGAUUUCAGCCAAAAAACACUUUGAAGAUGAAGUAAAGGAAACUAUGCUCCUCAGAUGUGCUAGGAAGGAGGAGGAAGAUGCAUUAACUGCUGAAGCCCUACAGUUGGAGGGAACACUGAAUGAAAAGGAAGAGUUAAACAGAUCUCUGCAGCUUAAAUGUGAGGACCUCCAGCUAGAGGCACAAAGGCAGCUUGAGCAGAACCAUCAGAAAGAGGAAGUAGUAAAGCAGUACUGCUUUCAGAUCCAGGAGACCAAACUAAAGCACAGAAAGAUUCGGAUGAAGUUUGAGAAUCAGCUUCAGCAAUUAAUGGAGCAGCAUAAAAACCUGUCCACCGUCUUUACUCCACAAAGACUUCCAGCAGAAAUACAGUCUGCAGAGUACACCACUGAGCAGCUGUUGAAGGCUGAACAACAGAAGCUGGAGCAGUUGACCAAGCUUCUGGACAGGUUAAGCCACACCCAGAAUGCAGAGAUGCACAUGGACACUUGUGAAAAAGCACCAUGAAUACCUCAAACUGAUUUUGCAAACUUAAGCUGAGUAUCUAAUACCUUCCAACAAAUAUGAAUUUUACAAAGAAGCAGCUUAUAUAUUCUUUUCCAUUCUGUUCCAUUGUCCUAAUUUAACUUGUUACCAACUGUAUUGUCAACAAAUGCUUGAACAAAUACUGUUUAAAACCAAAAUUAAACC